AGCCCGACCCCACAGGACCAUGUGAAGUGAACUUACCCAGUUGGGAGUAACUCGUGGGCGUUACGGGGUGCGGCAGAGACGCAGAGCCAGGUCUGGUGGCUACGUCGCCGUGUCAGUUCGCGUCUCCUCUUGUUCCUGACAGCUUCGUUCCGCUGAAGUAACGUACUCUGACCAUGGCUGCCAGAGGAACCGUAAAGCCAUUUGCCAACUUCAAUGCCAGCCAUGAUGCUGAGGUUCUCUACAAGGCAAUGAAGGGGUUGGGUACCGAUGAAGAAGCGAUUCUUACACUCAUAGCGGCACGAAGCAACAGCCAGCGACAGCAUAUUAAAUCGGCCUACAAGAGCACAUAUGGGAAGGACCUGGUUGAUGAUCUGAAAUCUGAACUUGGGGGAAAGUUUGAAACACUCAUCGUUGCUCUGAUGACUCCUCCUGUGUCCUAUGACAUAUAUGAAUUGAGGAACGCAAUAAAAGGUGCCGGGACAGAUGAGAAGGUGCUGAUUGAGAUCUUGGCCUCUCGGAUGGCUUCCCAGAUCAAAGAAAUAGCUACUGCGUACAAGGCAGAGUACGAUUCAAACCUGGAAGACGAUAUCACUGGGGACUCAUCGGGACACUUCAUGAGGCUGAUGGUCAUUCUCCUGCAGGCUAAUAGGCAGCAGGGAGUUGAUCAGGGAGCCAUUAAAACUGAUGCUGAGGGACUGUUUGCCGCCGGAGAGCAGAAGUUUGGCACCGAAGAGGAGACUUUCAUCACCAUCCUUGGUAACCGAAGCGCAGCUCACCUCAACAAAGUGUUUGACGAAUACAGAAAGCUGAGUGGCUUUGAGAUAGAGGAGAGUGUACAGAGGGAGACGUCAGGAAGCCUGAAGGAGCUGCUUCUGGCCGUGGUAAAAUGUGCCAGGAGUGUUCCGGCUUACUUUGCUGAAAGCCUUUACUGUGGGCUUAAGGGCGCAGGCACGGACGAUCACACCCUCAUCCGCAUCAUGGUGUCCCGGAGCGAGGUGGACAUGCUGGACAUCAGAGCCCAGUUCAGGAAGAUGUUUGCCACCUCGCUGUACUCCAUGAUUAAGAAUGACACCUCUGGUGACUACAGGAAGACCCUGCUCCUCCUUUGUGGGGGGGAUGAUGCAUGAUUGUCACAAUGGGCCACUAACAUUAGCAUUAUACAGCACGUAACACAGUCACCAGUACUCAGCUGAUAGUUAGCAUGACUGCUUUUUUUGUAACUUAUUAAAAAUGGACAGUUAGACGUGUGUUAACAGAAGUUUUCAAUGGCCACCCUGAAAAGAAGUGGAAGUAUUUAUAAUUUCAUUAACAGUAUAUAUACUUUUAUAGUCACCAGGAAUAAAUAUUAAUUAAGGUAAAAAAGUCCGAAUAUUGAAUUAUGUUGCACCUUCCAUAUACAAUGUUCUAAAAUGUUAUAACAAAUUGGACGAGUGAAUUUUACUGUGUAAACCAAAGGCACAUAUUUCAAUAGACAAAAAAAUAAUGCUUUUGACUAUCGAGUAAAGAAUAAAUUUUCCUGAACACGAAA